AUGGAGGAAAUCAAACCUGAACGAACUCACAGUCACGAUUCUAUCGUAAAGCCUGCUGACAACAAUGUCGAGGCGCUUCGAGGCGAGAAGGACGAGCGCAGACUCGCAAUCGAAAAGAAAUUGGUCAGAAAAUUAGAUAUGAGAUGUUCUCUUUUCGUACUUAUCUACAUCAUGAAUUAUCUUGAUAGAAACAACAUCGCUUCAGCCAAAGCAAAAGGUCUUACCAGAGAUCUCAACUUAAAUGCCACUCAGUACUCCACAUGUCUUUCCAUCUUAUACGUCGGUUAUAUUCUUAUGCAGAUCCCCUCAAACAUGAUCAUCAACAAGAUUAGCCGACCUUCGUGGUACAUUGGUAUUGCCAUGUUAAUCUGGGGUGCUAUUUCCACCUGUUCAGGUGUUGUCACCUCCUUCGGAGGUAUGCUUGCCAUCAGAUUCACCCUCGGUUUCGUUGAAGCUGCGUUCCUACCCGGAGCUUUGCUCAUUCUCUCAAAAUGGUACACCCGAAGAGAGCUCACUCUUCGAAAUGCCAUUCUUUUCGGUGGUAAUCUGAUCUCCAACGCCUUUGCUGCGCUCAUCGCUGCCGGUGUCUUGUCUAACAUGGAAGGUGUCUUGGGACAUGCCGCUUGGAGAUGGAUGUUCUGGAUCGAAGGUGCUGCCACCAUGCUCAUUGCCACCGCCGCUUUCUUCAUCCUUCCCGAUCUUCCUACCAACACCCGAGGCUUCACCGAGGAAGAACUCGAAGUCGCUCAACUCCGUCUCUUGGAAGAUGUAGGAGAAGCCGAUCAAGAUUCCGCUGAAGAAGGUAUCUUCUCUGGUUUAAUCAUGGCUGUCAAGGAUGUCAAGAUUUACGUCAUGAUGUUCGCUCUUACCGCCUAUGUUGUUGGUCUUUCCUUCAACGCUUUCUUCCCUUCUCUCACUGGUACUCUUGGAUUCAGCUACAUCCCUACUUUGUUGAUGUCCUCUCCUCCUUGGGUGUUCUCUACCAUCGUCUCAAUGAUCAACGCCUGGCACGCCGAUAGAACUCAAGAGAAAUUCUGGCACAUCGUCGUACCCAUGUGUUUCGGUCUGAUCGGGUUCAUCAUCUGUAUGGCUACCCACAACACUGCUGCCCGAUACAUCGCGUUGUUCCUCCAAGCUUCAUCUUACGCCGGAUUCAUCGUGUUCUACUCCUGGAUCUCUUCUUCCUUCCCUCGGCCCCCGGCCAAGCGUGCUGUUGCGAUCGCGAUGGUCAAUGCAUUUUCGCAACUCGGUAACAUCGCCGGGUCAUACGUCUGGAAACUCGACUCAAACGGGUACAGACAAGCCUACGGCAUUGUCACUGCCAUGUUCGGUGUGGCCAUCGUUCUCUGCUUCGUAUUUAGACUUAUCCUUAUCAACCUCAACAAGAAACUCGAAGCUGGUGAACAAGCUUGGGAGACUAGGGCUGACGUUGCUGAUAAGGGUAACAAGCUCGAGCACAUUGAAAAGGGUGAUGAGGCUUUGGACAUGAAGAGGGGUUUCAGAUACCUUAUCUAG